UUUAUCCGCCUUUAGGUCAUUGUCGCGCAAAUGUCUAAGGCGCAGUGUUUGGUUUUGGAGCAGAUGGUUAAUGAGCAAAGCAUGUUUGUAACUGUGUGCUGAAUAUACCUUAUGGUAGCUCCCCUUUCAGAAAUGUAAGUUCCCUCGUAUCCUUAAGAAAUUUUUUUCAGAUGAAAUUAUGUGAGAAGCUAUGCUUCGUUGGAUCGAUGUCUGUUAUUCUUACCACAAUGUGCUUUGCUAUCGUCAGGCCAGCACUCGUGUUGUACAGCUUCUCUUUUCUUUUCGUCAUUCUAUACUCCCUGAGAGUUUAUAACUACUGGUAUUACCUGUUUUGUUAUCGUGGUUAACACAUUUAGGAAAAACAAGUACCUACUGUUUAUGUUGGACCCAUGCUACUUUAUAAACUUUGCAUCAUUGCUCUUCAUAUGGUUGUUGCCGCAUUCACACGUCAUGCAAAUGUUCCAUUUUGGCCUUGCCAAUUCGCAAGCAUAUGGUGGGACGUUUCUGUUCCGUAACACCCUUGCCCUGCACGACAUUCAAAGACUUACUUCGUGUUUUAUACACGUGUUGCCUGCUCUUUUCUCAUUUUUAAUUCGGUGGCAUCCUUUAGAAACAUCAGUUUGGUGGUAUACCGGCUUACAUGAUUCCAAUCCUUCUCGUGAAUUGUUGUUCUGGAAUACAAAUAUCAAUUGGUUCUGGCUUGUUGCAGCUCCUACUUUAUUUCAUUUUAUACGCGAGAUUCUAUAUUAUAUUAUAAUUUAUGGAAUUGUAAAACCCAGUGAUGAAUAUUUAGAUAGUUUUCGUUAUUUACAUAAAAAGAAAUUUCUAUGGCGUUUUCUUUGGAAAUAUAUUAAUGAUCGAUGGCAUUUAAUUAGUUGGAUAGCAUGCAAUAUCAUAUUAUCUACCAUGCUUUUACUUAUAGCUGUUGUUGCCUGGUGUAAUUAUCUCUUUCAUGUAUCCAUGUUAAUUAUUCAAAUGUUAACACUAUUAUGGAAUGGUGCAUGUUUUUAUUUAGAUUAUUUCCCUAUUGAAUAUACACGUAAUUUAAAAAUAGAACCAGAAAAGGGUAUGAUCACUGUCAAUCAAAAUGACAGUCAUAUUCUACAUCCAAAUACAAAUGUCAAUGAUAAAGAAACAACUGAUGAACGUAUUAUUAAUGAUGAUGUUUAUAACAGUGUUGCUGCUAGUAUAUUUUCAUAUCAUUUAACACCAGAUGAAUCUAAUGCUAAAUUAUUUGAAAAUGGACAAAUGACAAUAGAUGAACAUAAAGGAUUAACACAAUAAAAUUAAUUUGUGAAAAAAAAACAUCAACAACAAUUGUACUCUCACACAUUGAUAUAAAAUCAUGAUUUUGGUAUAACA